AUGGACCCGCUCGAAGAAGACAAGGAGUGGGCGUCUUCGCUCGACUACCUGGACUACGGCCCACGCCUCAAGCCGUGCGUGAAAUCGCCGUCUUCAUCAUCCGCGUCAGGAGGUUCCAGUUACACAAACGACUCGUCUCCAUCGCUGGACGAUAUUCUCAACAACAACGCCCAGCCACCAUACUCGCUGUCGGCCUUCUCUGCAUAUCUCUCGUCCAAACACUGCCUGGAGACCUUGGAGUUCAUCACGGACGCCCAGAAGUACGCUAGCAUGUACGAAGAAAACCCGGAGGACCAUUAUCUGUGCAUUCUAUGGCAACGAAUGAUGUUGUCAUACAUGGAGCGAGACUCACCCCGAGAGCUCAACAUCCCCUACGAGUUGCGAGACGCAUUGUGCGAGCUACCUACAAACCCAGCCCCCAACCCCAAUACCCUGAAGGAGGCGGUUGUUCAGGUCAAGGAACUCAUGAAGGAAAAUGGAUACUACCCAUUCAUCACACAGGUGGCAAACGAGGACAUGUGUUGCUGCCAUCCGGGCAACAACUCGUCCAAUGAACGGCUCUCAAGCAUGCCGGCUUCUGCUCCUGAACGGCUCAGACCGCCCCUCAGAACAGUGGUCAAGCACAGACUCACGUCGCCUGCCUCUUCAGGGUCCUCUUCUCCUACACAGCAGAGUCCCGUCACACCACCAGAGUCACCCUCUUUGUUUGAAGUCUCGAUGCUGCACACCGAGAAGGCCACAACCAGCUGUUCUACCAGCUGUUCUCCUGCCAUGGCUAUUGUAUCUUCUACCCAGUUCGCAACCGCCAUCGACAUCACCCCCAACAAACACGGUGUCACCAACGGCCAGCCUCCUUGUGAGAGCCCCACGGAGUCUUCCUGGAGACGAGUCAGCAAGAAACUAAAAUGGCGAAAAUGA